AGAAAAUAAAAUAAAUCAACCCUCUUUAUCUUUUUCACUUUUAAAUAUUUUCGAAAAUCACCGACUCUUCCGGUCACCAGUCCUCUUCCCGGUCACCACACCUCUUCAGACCAACCAACGGCUACUAAUUAAGAACCAGAACAGCCGGUAUCCAAUUGCGGGCCAGAACAGCUCACAACUCAACUCGCUUUUUUGUUAAGCGUUUUUUCUGACGGUUAAGACCGCGAUUAUUUUCCCUCUCAUUCCGUUGGAAAAGUCAUUUUCACACUUUUUCUACACUGAAUCACGUUUCGUGCUGCUUCUCUUCAACGUGCCUGACUCUGCAAAAUCACUUCUUAGACUAACAAAGCAAAACAAAACAAAACACCGACGAAGAAGAAUCUCACCGUCACUAUGGAGUUCGGAGCCACCACAGCGACGCUAACAAAGAAAUUAUCUAACGGCCUCGGCGUCAGCGGAAGAUCUGCUUACGAUGGUGUUUUCGCUACUCCUAUCAAGCUAAGAGCUCCAAGCUUCUCUCAAUUUGAUGAUUACAACGAGAUUUUCGGUAGUUCCGGAGCUCCUUCUUCGAUUCCGAUUCUCGAACUACCGGAGCUCAACGAGAGGAGAACAGUGACGGAUGAUGUUAGGCAUUCGAAGCUCGAUUACUCGAAGGUCUUCGGUGGUUUCGAGAAUCUAGACACUGCUGUGCCUUUUGAGGAGCUGGUUGCUAAUCCUAGAGAGAAAGGAAGUUCCGUAAACGGAGUAUCAAAACGGAGCAAAGUUAAAAGUGGAGAACAAUCUUUCAGGGAAGAUCGUACCAGCUCUUCAAAGGAAACUCCGGUGGUAUCACCUUCAUCCCAUGGUGCCAAAAGGAUCAAUAUGUCAUAUCAUAAAGUUAACCAAGGAAAUGAAUGUGGUACAAACGGGACAACACAUAUAGCUCAACUCCAUGCUGUCCCUGCUUACACUUGUUUAAUUGAGGAAGUCGAUUUAGCGAAGAUGAGCAGAGCUAAAAAGUCUAUACCAGUAGCCCAGGAUGCUUAUUCUGAUAGUCAUUGUGAGGAGGGGAUAGGAGAAGGUGAGCGUUGUGCUAAAUCAUUUAUUGAUCCUUCACCUAAUAAUGCCAAGAAACAAUCUUUCGAUAAUGGAGGGAAAGCUGAAAGUAGAUCCGAAUCUGAUGACCUGUUUUAUGAUGCAUGCGAGAUUAGCAAUGGAAGUGAUGAAGUUCAUCAAGUCAAAGUUCCUCCUUCAGAGGCUAUGAAAGGGAAUUUGGAUGAUAAUAAAAGUAAUAAUAUUGAUGCUUCGAGAUCAAUGGCAACUAAUGGCCAAGCGUCUAAAAAUGACAGAUAUGACAGUCCUGCUGGUGCCGAUUCGCCAACACACUUAGAAGACACGGUUGACUCAAAUUCAGAAGCAGCAGCUUCUGUAGCGGCUUUAAGGAAGGCAAUAGAAGAGGCUCAAAUGAAAAUAAAGGUAGCAAAAGAAUCAAUGAGAAGGAAGAAAGAAGGCUUUCCUGAUCGUGUCAAACAGAAGUCUAGUAUUGACUUGAAAGUCAGGGAAAAAAAGGAAGCUAAACUUGCAUACAAAACAACGAAAGUUAAAGAGAUUAAUACAAGGCAAACAAUUGGAGAAAUGGAUGCUUUGCUGCAAGUUACUUCCGAGGUAGGAAAGCUAAUGACGAGAACAGAGAAAGUAAGAUCGGAUAUUGGGGAUAAAGAAGUGUGUGCUGCCAACGAAGCUGUACAAGACGCACAGAAUAAAUUGAAAUUUUCUCAAGCAGAACAUAAGGAAAAGGUUGAACUGAAAGAAGCAGACGCACAGAAUAAAUUGAAAUUUUCUCAAGCAGAACAUAAGGAAAAGGUUGAACUGAAAGAAGCAGACGCACAGAAUAAAUUGAAAUUUUCUCAAGCAGAACAUAAGGAAAAGGUUGAACUGAAAGAAGCAGAUCAUAAAGGAAAAGAUCUUGAGCUUAAAGAGGCAGGAGGUGCUGAGAAAGUCCCGUAUAUUGAAAACACAGGUAGGAAGGUCUCUGAACCAGAAGAAUCUGAUCAUACAGUAGAAAUGGUUAAGCAAUAUUGGGGGCCGGAGAAUGAUGAAGAAAAGGUUCGUGCAAUUAAUAAAGCAGGUUCUCAUGAAGAACCUGUCCAUGAAACUAAACAUAGGUGUCAAGAAGUUGCUGGUGAGAUAAACCUGAUUCAGGAGACACUUGAAAAUGAAAUGAUGGACAAGAGAUUGAAGGUUAAAGAAGUCGAAAAAGAUGAGAGCAAGGUUACACCAUUUAAUGAACCAAAAGACUACGUAAUUAACCUAGGUGGGCAACCGUCAAUGAUAGGAAAUAAAGAAAAUAUUGGCUAUAGGCCAGAAGGUGGUAAAAAGACUAAAGCCAGAAAAUAUUGGUCUAUUGAGCAGGAAGAAUGCCAAAAAAAUUUGAGAGCUAUUCAGGAACUGGGAAAAGCUGAGAAAAAUAUUUCUGAAGAGCAAAAAGAAAGCGAGGACGAUAACGUUGAAGUGGUCAGUGAGCCGGAAAAAUGUGAAUUGGCAGAGUCUCUCGAGCCAAUAGACUUUGAGAGAGCGUGCAGUCUUCAUCAUUCAGAAUUAAUAAGCACGGACAAAGAAAUAUAUAACUCGGGGUGUUUAGAGGACAUAAAGAGAAGGAAUACAUCUGGUUUUCUGGAUAUAAGUCAAGAGGUCAAACAUUCCUAUUGGAGAGAAGUCACUGAUAGUAAGUUUAGCGAUAUCUAUGUACCGGAAGUACCGAGGGAUAUUGUUGAUGAUAUUCAUGAUGGUGAAGAAAUUUAUGAAAGAAAUACUAAGGCUAGUGACUUAGUUGGAAACGUGAGGGUUCAAGAUGCCCAUGCUAGUGAAAAUGAACAUGAGGGAGCCACACGUCCGAUGGAAGAAAAUGAGUGUGAACGGAAAGACAAAAAGGUGCUGGAAGUAAUUAUAGAGACUCUAACUGAUCCGUUUGAUGAAGAGAUAAGAGCAGCGGAAUCCGGCAACACCACAAAACCCAGUUCUAGCUACGAGCCAGAUGAAGCUGAGAAGUUGAGCAAAACACAGGUUUCUAACACAGUCAAUGAAAAUGAUGAAACUCUUGCAGUAACUCCAGAGUUUUAUUCAUGUGACCUGCAGGAUGAUAUGAUAGUAGCAAGUAAUGCUUCAGUACAGCAUCAACCGAAAUAUGAAGAGCAAGAUUCUGUUCAAGAGACUAAUGAUUUCAGCGAGAAACGUGCAAGCCAGACUUCUUCCUUUGAUCAAGUUGCCCCUGUACUCGGUGAAAUAGUGCAUCAAAUGAAAAAUGCAUUUGAAGCAGUUACCAUUGAAGUUGAUUCUACAAAUGUUGGUGAAAUUGACAUGAAGGUUAGUCAAAAUCAAGAUCAGUGUUUGGAAAAGACAGAAUCUGAUUGCGAUUUGACUAUGCUUGUUGAAGAAACAACUCCCGAGUCUAGAGAAAUAUGUAAGAACGUGAAGGAGGUUAGAGUUGUGUCAGAUGAAGAGAUCGACGAGAAUAGAUCCAACUCUUCUAGUGAAGCAUCUCAGAUACCUAGUAUGUCUGAAUGGAAAUCAAGCCCCUUCAAAGAAAAGGAAGUUAAAUCAAUUAACAGCAAAAUAAAGGAGAGUCAUCAAACAUCCAUGACAAUGGAAGUGAAGGAAGUCAAUGAUAAGGCACAGAAGGUAGAGGUGGAUAAGGAACUUCUCAAGAAAAUUGAUGAAGCAAAACAUAGAGAAAGAGAAAAGGAGAAAUUAGCUGUAGAAAGAGCAAUCCGUGAAGCUCGUGAAAGGGCAUUUGCUGAUGCAAAAGAAAGGGCAGCUCUGGAGAGAGUUGCAACUGAAGCACGUCAAAAGAACAUUUUGAAUGGACGAGAAAGGCUAAAAACCACUAGCCAAGCAAAUGAAAAAACACCGGCUGAGAAGGCUGCUAUGGAAGCAAAACUUAAAGCUGAACGUGCCGCUGUGGAGAGAGCAACUGCAGAGGCAAGAGCACGUGCCCUGGAGAGGGCAUUGUCUGAGAAGGCUGCUUCUGAUGCAAGAAAUAAAUCCGACAAGUCUGUUCCAGAGAAGUGUGUUGGUGCUUCCAGAAGUAAUGGAAUGAAGCAAAACUUCCAUUCAAAGUCUUUCAGCUAUGGUGUUCGUGAUUCUCCCGAGGUCUUGGAUGGAGCUAAUGCUGACUCUGCUCAGAGAUGUAAAGCUAGGUCCGAGAGGCAUCAGAGAAUAGGGGAUCGUGUGGCAAAGGCUCUUGCAGAAAAGAGUAUGCGGGAUCGGCUUGUGCAGAAAGAGCAAGACGAGAGAAAUAGGGUAGCUGAAGCUCUGGAUGCCGAUGUUAAAAGGUGGUCAAGUGGGAAAACAGGAAACUUGAGAGCAUUGCUUUCAACAUUACAAUAUAUCCUUGGGCCCGAUAGUGGUUGGCAAUCAAUUCCUUUAACAGAAAUAGUAACCACACCUGCUGUGAAGAAAGCUUAUCGUAAAGCCACUCUUUGUGUGCAUCCAGACAAGCUGCAGCAGCGAGGGGCUACCGUUCAGCAAAAGUACACUUGUGAGAAGGUUUUCGAUCUUCUAAAGGAAGCUUGGAAUAGAUUCAACAUGGAAGAAAGGUGAAGAGUGUGUGUGCAUGGUAAUUGGGCUUCCUGAUGUUCAUGCGCUCGAUGAUGACAUUCUUUCAAGUGAAUAAUUCAAUUAAAAGUAAAGCUCAUAUUUGUAUGUAGUAGGCAAGUUUAGAUGGCCUGCAGGUGAAAACUUUCAAUAUAUAUAAUAGCUCAUAUUGUUCUAUUCUACA